GGCAACGUAUCGUUAUAUUGUUCCUCUCUCUCCCUAUUUCGUUUUUCCCUCGCUGUUCUUUCAUUUCGAAAAGAGGAACGGGAAAAAGAGGAGCCGUAAAAGAUUAGGGUUGUGGAGAAUGUUCGGCGCUUCUUUGAGUAGAAUCCUUCUUCGCAAGCUUUUUGAUGAUGGAAUUCAUCACAUAAGAUGCACAAGUACACGCUUCCUGUGUAAUCAGAAUCAACAAGUUUUUCCCCGUUAUUCAUCUAAAGUACCCCGUUCAUGGUUCAACGGAAGCUAUGCUAACCGCUUUCCUCCCCUUAAUGAUCCUCUUCCUGACCUCAAACUCCCUCGCUGCCUCCCGGACUAUGUGGAUCCAUGCCCCACUACGGUCACAACACUUUCGAAUGGUCUGAAGAUUGCAUCUGAAGAUUCGCCGGGGCCAGCUGCUUGCAUAGGACUAUUUGUUGACUGUGGUUCUAUAUAUGAAUCUGAGCAGUUCACAGGUGUUACCCAUCUUUUGGAAAGGAUGGCUUUUAAAAGCACAAAAAAUCGCAGUCAUUUGCGCAUUGUUCGUGAGGUUGAGGCUACUGGAGGAAAUGUGGGUGCUUCUGCCUCAAGGGAACAGAUGGGCUACACUUAUGACACAUUAAAGACCUAUGUGCCAGAGGCUCUUGAAUUACUUGUCGACUGCAUUAGAAACCCGGUGUUUCUUGACAGCGAGGUCCAGGACCAGCUAGCCAAAGUCAAAACAGAAAUUGGAGAAACUUCAAACAAUCCUCAACAGUUUCUUUUGGAAUCACUUCAUCCUACUGGUUUUUCUGGUGCAUUGGGGAAUCCAUUGAUGGCUCCUGAGUUAGUGUUAGAGAAAAUAGAUGGAUCUGUCAUCGAGAAGUUCUAUUAUGAAAAUUAUACUGCCGAACGCAUGGUUUUGGCAGCAUUUGGGGUAGAUCAUAAAAAGUUGCUGGCAAUUGCAAAACCACUGUUGUAUGAUUUACAAAGUGGUCCUGUGAAGGUGCCGAAGUCCACUUAUGUUGGUGGUGAUUUUAGGUAUCGAGCAGACUCUCAGAAUACUCAUGUGGCAUUGGCUUUUGAAGUUCCAGGAGGUUGGCAUCAAGAGAAGGAUGCAGUAACCUUAACUGUUUUGCAGACACCAAUGCAACAGACUCUUAUGGGUGGUGGUGGUUCAUUCUCUGCCGGAGGCCCAGGAAAGGGGAUGCAUUCUCGACUCUAUCUCCGCGUGUUAAACAAAUACCAAGAAGUUCAGUCCUUCUCAGCUUUUAGUAGUGUAUAUAAUGAUACUGGUCUUUUCGGGAUCAACUUGACUACGGGCUCAGAUUUUGUGGAACAAGCUGUUGAGGUAGCGGCGGACGAGUUACUAGCUAUCGCAACUCCUGGGCAGGUUACUGAGCUGGAACUACAUCGAGCCAAAAAUGCUACCAAAUUAGCUGUUUUUAUGAAUCUGGAGUCCAGAAUGAUUGUUACAGAGGAUAUUGGUAGACAAAUAUUGACAUAUGGGUGCCGGAAACCAGUGCAGCAUUUCUUGAGGGCUAUAGAUGAACUGACUCUUGAUGAUCUUGCCACAUUGGCACAAAAGAUUUUGUCUUCGCCUUUGACGAUGGGCUCCUGGGGAGAUGUUGAUCAAGUCCCGAGCUAUGCUUCUGUUAGUCAGCAUUUCCGUGCAGUGAACUGAGUUGCAAUUAUCUGUACUCUAUUUUCUCCUGUUCUGUUGUGGAUUCCUCUCUUACACAUGCCCAACUUGCAGAAGCCAUUCCAGGGUCAUUUAUGCUUCUCAUUCUCCAGCAGUUUUUCUUGGUAUGCACCCAUGUGAUGAAUGGGCCUACAAAAUUGAGUUGACCACCAUUUCCAAAUGGUACGGUAACAAAUCGUCCAGUUCAUGUUGGAUGGAGCAAAGCACAAAAUUCAAACUGACGGGACAAUCUUCUGAUUUCAUCCAUUGACUAGGACUGCUGAUCAUAUUGUUUUUACAUCAUCUUAACUGUUCCCUGUGAUUGCUACACUUGAAUGGGUUGAUCACUUUUGACUUCCAGGUUAAUGUUCCAUCCUUAAUAGGCACCAUGAUUUUGAACA